AAUUGAAAAUACAUGUGCGAGAAUUGUUUAUUUUUCCGAAAAUCCAAGUUCUAGAAGAAAUACGCUCCUUUUUCACGCUCUCAUCAUCUGUUUUACGUUUUUCAAAAUGAGUUCACGAAGAGGACCAUCGACGACAUUCUACGGCCGAGAAAAACAACGCUGCAAGAAAAGACUAUAUCCGCGUAUUUGGACGGCGAGCUCUCUUCAGUGCACGGGAUAUGUGUCUGAGGUGAACCGCAAACGAGGAAUGAGUACCAUAUCGAGUCUUCAUAUGGGGUUGACAUCACGGAGAAUCGAGCAAAUAUUGACACCCCAGCUCAACACUUUUUCAAAUUUCGAGUAUUUAUUCGUAACAUUGCUUCAAAAUUAUUUGAUCACAUUCGACGAAAUGGCAAGCCUAGGAUACACUACUCCGAUUGAUAUAGAACGUUUCUAUUCCCAAGUCUAUAGGUAUUCCACCGAAAAAGUCUCCUCGAUUUCCGGUUCUUCAAACUUCACGACAGCCAGCAACAAUGAACUCUCGAACUAUGAUUCUGCAGGAUAUCUUUGGAGACAGUCAGACCGUUAUCACUAUUCGAGGAUAUGCUGUAGGUGCGGUAAGACAUUCUACACAACAGCUGAUUUCUACAUCACAGCUGAAAGAUGUUGCUAUCAUUGGGGCAAACUGCGGCGGUCGGUUCACCCACAAGAUCCUACUCGUUGUCAGAUGACUCACGAAUGCUGUAGAAGGCCGCCAGGUUCGAUUGGAUGUACCGAAAGUCGCCUUCACGUUUGGAAAGGAACAACCGAAACUUAUGACGAUUACGUUUUCACGACACCCAGUCGAAAUCCCCGUCUAUAUGGAACUUAUGGUGUUUAUGCUCUGGACUGCGAAAUGUGUUACACAGUGAAAGGCCUCGAAGUAACAAGAGUUACUGUAGUUGACUCGAAUGGAAGAUGUGUAUAUGAGUCGUAUGUGAAACCUCUUCAUGAAAUCGUUGACUACAACACACUUUUUUCCGGGAUAACGGCCGAAGACAUAAUUCGAGGUCCUACUAACAGCCUGGCUGACGUGCAGAGGGAUUUGAUGAGCUUCAUAACUGCAGACACCAUAUUGAUUGGUCACGGCUUGGAGAAUGAUUUACGAGCCUUGAAAAUCGUGCACAACAAAAUUGUGGAUACCGCAUUUACGUUCCCCCACUACAGAGGACUACCGUUUCGUAGAUCACUGAAAGAUUUGAUUUCGGAAAUCCUCCAAGAUGAUAUACAGUGUAGUUCGAAGGGCCACGAUAGUCGUGAGGACGCUACGGCUUGCAUGCGGCUCAUGUUAUGGCGAGUAAGGGUAGAAUUUCCAGGUUAUCUGUAGUGUUUAAGAACGAAGAAGAAGCGUGCUCAUUAUGCUUUCGGAAAUGGCAACGAGGUGCGAGAUGCAAUGACAGCAUUUAUUGUUUUGUAGCGUUAUUUUCCAAUAAAACCUUUGAUCUGUAUUGUAUUUCUCAAGUCUUCAUUCAAAUCCUUCAAUGGGUCGUACCUACUCACGAAAAAUUAUAUAUAGGUGCCCAUAGUAAUUUCAUCGAAUUCAUCUUGAAUUCAUGACAUUAUUUUCUAAUGACACUUUCGAACUGGUAUGACAUUUCUAUAAAUUGAUUGAAUUUUGACAUAAUUUAGUAAUAGAACAAAGACAAUUUCGGGAUUUUCCAAAAAAAAGAAUGUGGUAGUGGCAUUCUGGCCACAUGCUAGUUUAACUUAUAUCCUUUUCAUUAUCGAAAAUAAAGCGGACGCAAUGGAGGAAUCUGGAGUUUAUAAACUUGAAAAUCCGGAGUGUGAUAGUGAUGCGGGAUAAUGUAGCUGAAAUUUCUCAAAACGGUAUACUGAACAUGGAAGGUCCUUCAGACUAGUUGAAAAUAAAUCGACGUUUUCGAAACAAUCCUUGGAAUACAACGACCGAAUCUGAACGAUACAAAAACUGCACUGUGCAGGCAAAUAUUUGGAAUCCUUGGGAAUUCAUAAGCAUCAUCAUUGCGGAUGUAACCGUCUACAUGACUGAAUAGACCUGGUUGGUUUCCAGAUUAGCGUACCCACAUUGUUACAGGUGAACAUUCAGCUAAUAAAUUCGUCAAGGACCGUCUGUUAUUACUUGCAAUGGUGUAUAGAUAUGAAAGGGAUAAACAUUGCACAGAGCAGUAAAAGCACCUAAAACGUGGCCAAAAAUAAAUUCUCACUUUUUUUAAAUUUUGUUGAUUG